GUCACCAUAGCAACCAUUGAAAAGUUAAUUGGAUUCAGAGAAGAGAAUGAAAGCACAUGCCUCACCACCCUGAAAUCCCAGAGGCUCCAUGUCUUUAACCCUACUAAUACUAGCAAACAUGCAUCUGACAUUGCACUGCUUUAAAACAAUGGGACAAAUUACGACUUUUGGGUGAUAAAUAUACAACGCUUUAAUAACGCAUGGCUCUUGAUCAAAUCUGCUUCGUGCACACAGACAGCCUAUUACUGAAAGACGAUGACUAUAAAUACGCUGCGAAAUGUAUUACAUAGUUAUGACAGAAAAAAAAUAUUGCCUUAAAUAAAUGUAACUGCUUUUUAGUAAAAACAAAAUGCAUACGCCUGCGAAUAUUUUUGCAGAGUAAUGGCACAAAGCCUAAAUAAUUCUGAUGGAGUUCAGUGAUAGCAUAAUUUAUCAUAAUAUAGGCUAUUUUGGAUAUCUUAUCUAGGAGGUAGACCUCUCUGGGACGAGCGAGUCGUCUCAUUGUGUCGGAGAAUCUGAGUGAAAAGUCCAUUGUUGUAGCGAAGUUUUUAAUCUGGGGAUUUUAAGAACAUCACAUGCUCAGCCUGAGAAGUGACCGGACCUCUCCACGACGCACAAAUGCACAUUCCAACGCUCGUUUCUCCUCUCUUUGGUUGUUUUCCUACAUCCAGCUAAAUGGAAAUCUAAAACGAAUAACUGUUGACAAAUCCAAACGCUGCAACCUCUCUGCGGGCACCUGCGGCACCAUUUUGAGGAGCUUUCCGCGAGGGAGACCAUUCAACUUUGUUUUUCGGACGGAGGCGAAUUAUUUCUGCAGUUUCAAGGAUUUAUUUCACCCUAAAAAUGACUUACACGUAUAGCCAACGAUCUUUAAUGGUACUUGCUUUAUUAGGGGUUCUGUCUGCAAUUAUGUCCUUGCUAUCAGCCCUCUUGAUUUUCCAACUUCAAUCACAACAAACGAGUGUCAGGGAAUCUACAUCGUCUGUCGUUCCCGUUGAAGUUUCACUUGUUCUCUUGCCAGUUUCAACAGUUCUUACUGCUUUGUCUUUGACACUAAACCUGAGUUCUGUAGUGGUAUGCCUCCUGCAUAGCUAUUUCACCGCCGAGAUUUGCAGAGGGGAUGAAGACACGGAGAGAGCUGACUGGUUUCUAUUGGACAGUAGAGCUGUGCGGCAUGUGGCCAUAGGUUUAUUCUGUCUCGGUGUGUCUAUCUAUCUAGCAGCCUUGUCCAUCUACAUGCUCUUAGUGUUUGAGAAUGAGACGGGCAUCGCCAGCGUGUGCGUCCUGUGCUCUGGAAUCCUUGUGCUGUUGAUCAUAGUGGCACACUCCCUGGCACGAGCUGCCCGCACCGCCCGGCAGUACCAGAGCGAGCACCCCCACACCAUGUACCAGAACGAGCCUGAGAUCAGCCCCGGUGCCCACCCUCCUGAGCCUGGCCACGAGGACAAAACCAGGGGCCAGCGCAGCCAAGCCGGCCUGCAGCGCCAGCUGUCCUACCCUCCCUGCCCUAACGUGAGACAGAAGCAGCAGCAGUACGCUCCGUCCAGUGGGGUGCCCAGCCAUACCAGCGAGAAGGAGAGCUACAGUGGCAGCGGAGGAGCCCCGCGCAUGCACCGGACCCUGUCGGCUGAGUCCGGCCUGCUCCAGUCCCCGUCCAAGCCCUGGAAUGGCAUCAACAGUGAGAUGAGGACUGUGCUGGCGCGGAAGUCAGGUGCCAUCGGCAAGGACUCCACUCUAGUAUGAUCACCACUGACCCAGGGGCCAGCCUGUAUUCAGACAUCAGUAGUUCCACCUGCCAGUCACACAGCAUUUAUGAAUGGUCAUAAAUGCUGUAUAAUGUAUAUGCUUUGUACCGUCUAUUGACAUAACAAAGAAUGAGGAGGUUAUUAUGGUUUACACAACACUGACAGUGCUUAAUGGAUCAUGUGGAGUCCCCAUGCAACACUUCUCUAACUGUUGAUCAAGCUGA